AUGAAUGGUUCCUUCGAGAUGGACCCCAUCCAGAAUUCCAUCCACUUCUGGUGCAGUGACGAGAACAAAGAAUGGCUCGACGACAUUCUGAACACUCAUUUCGAACCCCUCAUAGACAACAUCAACGCCGGAGGUCUCCAUAGUAGCUGGGAAUGGUUCACCGACGACGCGACUCUGACGACAAGCAUCAAUCUUCCACGUUACGAGGGAACAACCUUUGAAGGGAGAGAGGCAAUCAACAACUACCUCGCCAGCCAAUACAAUGCCGAGCCCCGCAUGAAGUUUGUUCCACUCCUUUACACCUACGGCCAAGGCCACAUGGCAUGCCAUGCGUGGUAUAGACUCAACGACGAGCAUGGCCUUUCCAGCCCUCACGAUCAUCAGCUCCUCAUUACGGCGAACCUCAACAAUUACCACAGAGUGGUCAGCAUGGAUUUCAGCGAGUAUACGGUUGCGGGACCGGCGUCUUAUAUUGAGAUAGUGGACAAUUGCGUCGCUUGUCGGGCCAUGGCUUCCAUGAGGCGAGAGAGACAGAUGGAAGAGGACGCGGAUGAUAGUCCAGAUGAUGAAGCACAAUCCGAGUGGCCUUAUCGCCACGAGGACCAUGACCACUGA